AUGCAGACGGUGCUGGAGGAUAUUGCUUUUCCAGUUGGAUUUGCUUGAGGUGCAGCUACAACAGCAUAUCAAAUUGAAGAAGGCUGGAAUGCAGAUGGAAAGGGCCCUAAUGUCUGGGACAUAUUCACUCAUCAGGGAGGAGAUCGAGUUUUCAAGAACCAGACUGGUGAUGUAGCUUGUGGCAGCUACACUCUGUGGGAGGAAGAUUUGAAAUGUAUCAAACAGCUUGGAUUGACUCAUUAUUGCUUUUCUCUUUCCUGGUCACGUCUGUUACCUGAUGGGACGACAGGUUUCAUCAACCAGAAAGCUUUUUCAUCCCAGCAGGGUUCUUCAAAAACAUCCCGCUUCACCAUUAUUAUUCCAUAUGGAGCACUUGCACUGGUAACUUGUGGUGGACUCUCUCAGCUUUGUCCUCCACAGUCCUAG